UCCUCUGUUUGAAGUGAAACUGAAUCACCACCAACACAAAAAACGUUUCAUCUUUUGUUCAUAGAAGAGGUUUUUUUUCUUCUGUUGCCAUGGCCAUGGAAGCUGCUGAGGCUUCAACCACACCACAGUUGGCGCUCGCUGAUACUGACAUCAACUGGCACAGGCUGGACAAGACCAAGUUCCAUGUAAUUGGUGCCAUUCUCUUCACUGCUCAAUCAGCUUUGCUUCAUCCAACAGCAGUGGUUAAGACAAGAAUGCAAGUAGCUGGUUCUGGACUCUCUCAAAUGCGCGGAAUGUCGGUGUUCACUCAUAUUCUAAGGAGUGAUGGUGUUCCCGGAAUCUUUAGAGGUUUUGGCACUUCUGCUAUUGGAUCAAUGCCUGGGAGGGUCCUAGCUUUGACGUCUCUAGAGAUGUCGAAAGACAUUAUGAUGAAAUACACACAAGGUAGUGAUAUACCAGAAGCUUCAAGAAUCGGCCUUGCGAAUGGUGUGGCUGGCAUGUUUUCCAAUCUGGUGUCUUGUGUAUACUUCGUGCCUUUGGAUGUGAUCUGCCAGAGGUUAAUGGUACAAGGUCUUCCAGGAACGGCUCCUUGUCGAGGACCAUUUGAUGUUAUACGUAAAGUUUUCAAGGCUGAGGGUUUCCGAGGCUUGUAUAGAGGUUUUGGAUUAACAGCUAUAACUCAGUCACCGGCAUCUGCACUAUGGUGGGGUUCAUAUGGCGCGGCACAACACAUAAUUUGGAGGAGUUUGGGCUUCAAAGAUGAUGCAGAGAACAAACCUUCACAUUUUCAAAUGGUGACGGUUCAAGCUACAGCAGGGAUGGUGGCCGGUGCGUGUUCCUCGGUUAUCACUACUCCAAUAGAUACAGUAAAAACACGCCUUCAGGUUAUGGACAACUACGGUUCUGGAAGACCAUCAGUACUGAAGACAACAAAGACACUCCUUAAAGAAGAUGGCUGGUGGGGAUUUUACCGGGGGUUUGGACCUCGAUUUCUAAACAUGUCACUUUAUGGAACAACAAUGAUCGUUACUUAUGAACUGAUAAAGAGAUUGUCAGUACAACCGAGUUUGAGGUCUGUAGCUUAAACUGCAAGCGCGCUAUAAGACCUGGGACAAGGAUUCAACACUUAAUUUUAGCAUGCCUAGCUUGUGUAUAGGAACAGCAAAUUGGUGAAUUCCGUCAAGCUCAAGCAUUAAUGAAGCAGCAAUUUUGAAGGAAAAAGGCUUGCUUGUAGCCAGAGCUUCUCGCCGAGCAAUU